UACACAGUUCUCCGGAAGGUGAGACUUUCCAAAACUGGGUUGGCUUUUUAAACCCUGUAUCCAACGUCAUCUUGCACCUAAAACCUCAAAAACCCUAAAGAUGUCCUCCAACUUCUGCCAUCUUCGCCGUUUUAUGUCAUCCAAGUCAUCAAUGUCAAUCUCUCAAGCCAAGUCCAGACUCCGUUCUGAAUACGACCCUGACAAAGCCUUGGAAAUCUACUCCUCCGUUUCCAAACACUACUCCUCUCCUGUCUCCUCUCGCUACGCCCAAGAUUUAACUGUCCGCCGUCUCGCCAAAUCUCGGCGUUUCGAUGACAUUGAAAACCUACUAGAAUCCCACAAACAGGACCCUAAAAUCACGCAAGAACCCUUCUUAUCCACUCUAAUUCGCUCCUAUGGUCAAGCUGGCAUGUUUGACCACGCUAUGAGAACGUUUGAGCAGAUGGAACACUUGGGUACACCCAGAUCGGUAAUUUCCUUUAAUGCAUUGUUAUUUGCCUGUAAUCAGUCCAAACUGUUUGAUAAAUUGCCUGUUUUGUUUGAUGAUAUUCCGAGAAAAUAUAAUUUUUCGCCUGAUAAGAUUUCUUAUGGGAUUUUGGUAAAAUCUUAUUGUCAAGCUGGUUUUCCUGAUAAAGCGUUAGAAUUAUUGCAAGAAUUGGAAAAUAAAGAUAUAGAAGUUACUGGUGUUACUUAUACAACGGUAUUGAGUUCCUUGUAUAAGCAAGGCAAAAGUGAAGAAGCCGAAAGAUUGUGGAGCGAGAUGUUGACCAAGGGCUGUGAAUUGGAUGUGGCAGCUUAUAACGUGAGAAUUAUGAAUGUACAUGGUGGUGAUCCAGAGAAAUUGAAGGAGUUGAUCGAUGCUGAGAUGAGUAAUGUAGGAUUGAAACCGGACACAAUUUGUUAUAAUUAUUUGAUGACUUGUUAUUGUAAAAAUGGGAUGAUGGAGGAAGCUAAGAAGGUUUAUAAGGGACUAGAGGGAAAUGGAUGUAAACCAAAUGCUUCAACUUUUAGGACUUUGAUAUAUUACUUGUGUAAAAGUGAGGAUUAUGAGAAGGGGUAUAAGGUGUUUAAGGAGAGUGUGAGAAUGCACAAGAUUCCAGAUUUCAAUACAACGAGGCUUUUAGUGGAAGGGUUGGUGAAGAAAAAGAAGAUGAAGGAGGCCAAAGGUAUUAGUCGAACGGUCAAGAAGAAGUUCCCUCCCAAUGUAUUGAGAGAGUGGCAGAAGUUCGAAGAGGAGCUUGGGUUGGUUUCUGCUGUUACUGUCCCUGAGGAUCAAGAGGCUACUGAAUAACGAUCCAUUGGAUUGUUGUUAUAGAGAGAUUUGAGUUGGGUAAAUUCAAUUUAAUUGAAUGGUGAGUUUUAAUUAAGCAUACUAGUUAAAUUUGUAGAUCAGCUGUGGAAGCUAACAUAGGGGCUUGAUUGAAGCUAUUUGAGCUUCAUUAGCCCAACACAUCUAAGCAUCUGGUUUGAGAAGUUAAGGUAAUUUUGAAAGUGUUAAAUGUAACUUUUAUUGCCUAUCUGCCAUUGAAUUUGUUAUUGAUUAUGCAGUUAUAAUUCUAAAAGAGAAAUGCCAUCGACACUUUCUUUGCCCCUAUAUUUUUCAUUGUGAUUCUCUCAUCCUUCUCUAGCUGAUUGUA